AAGAGUAGAAACAAAGAAACAAAAACAAAUGAGUUGACGACAAAAACUACUACCACGCAUUGUCUACUAACGCAACCCCCCAUUUCUUCUUCUUCUUGUUGUGGAGUUCUUCAAUUCCCCUCUCUCUUUCCUCAAUCCUUUCUCAACUAAAAAAUCCAAAAAAAAAAACCCCCAAUUUUGUUUGGAGAGGAUUAUAGAGAGAAAUUCGAGCAAUUCAAUCAAAAAAUUGAGAAUCUUUUUGAGGGGUUUUGAUGGGUUUUGAUUGAAUUGCAAAUCCCAGAAAGAUUUUUGUUUGUUUCAAUCAAAUUUCACAUCUUGUUCAACCCUUUUCAUGGUGGUAGUUUCCUCUGUUUUCUUUUCUUGGUUUAUCUGAUCUAUCUUGUUUCAGAAGUUUCUGUUGUUCUUUCUUGCUUUUAUUUAGUUCAUACUCCAAAUUCUGACCAAAACCCUGCUCAAUUUCACCUGUUAAAUCCCUUUUUAUACAUUUAAGUUAGUUAAUUGCUGGUUUUAUUGAUUUGGGUUUUUAUUGGUUUUGAUAGUUUGAGCUAAUCCUAACUUUCUGGGGUUGUUUGAUUGAAUUAGGUUAUUGUAAUAAAUCCCUAAUUUGUUGGGGUUUGUUGGAUUGAAUUAGGAUAAGUUUUGUGCUUUUUUUGUUUUUUUGGGGGUGAAAUUGUUGUUGAAUGGGACCAAUGCUUCAAGAUGAUGGAUCAUCAGUAACUUCAUCAUCACCCCUUGAGUUUUUCUCUAGAAUGUCACCAAACAUAGGUUCUUCAAAUCCAUGGCUUAGAGAACUGAAACCUGAAGAAAGGGGUCUCUAUUUAAUCCAUUUAUUACUAGCUUGUGCAAACCAUGUCUCAAAUGGUAGCUUAGAUAAUGCUAACUUAGCCCUUGAACAAAUCUCUCAUUUAGCCUCACCUGAUGGUGAUACAAUGCAGAGAAUUGCUUCUUAUUUUGCUGAAUCCCUUUCUGAAAGAGUCCUAAAAUCAUGGCCUGGUAUAUAUAGAUCCCUUAAUUUCACCAAAAUGCCUGUUAUUUCAGAGGAAAUUCUUGCUAGAAAACUCUAUUUUGAGCUUUUUCCAUUCCUUAAAUUAGCUUAUGUGGUAACAAAUCAGUCAAUUUUAGAAGCUAUGGAUGGUGAAAAGAUGGUUCAUAUAAUUGAUCUGAAUGCAUCUGAACCUGCACAAUGGAUUGCCCUUAUUCAGGCUUUAAGUGUACGGCCUGAAGGACCGCCUCAUUUGAGGAUUACUGGUGUUCAUCAACAGAAAGAGGUGUUAGAUCAAUUAGCUCAUAGGUUAACUGAUGAAGCUGAAAAGUUGGAUUUGCCAUUUCAGUUUAAUCCUGUAGUUUGUAGUAAGUUAGAGAAUCUUGAUGUCGAAAAGCUUCGUGUUAAAACCGGGGAAGCGUUAGCUAUUAGCUCGGUUCUUCAACUUCAUACCCUUUUAGCCUCCUCUGAUGAUGAAACAACCAUGAAGAAAGCUUCAUCUUUAGGGUUGUUUGUUAAUCAUGUAAAUGGGGGAAAUAAUGCUAAUGCUAAUAGGCGGCGUAGUAGCCCGAGUAAUGAUUCAUCAUCAUCAUCACCAACCUCGAUCAAUGCUUCAGCAAAGAUGGAUGGAUUUCUUGCUUCUUUGUGGGGUUUAUCCCCGAAAAUCAUGGUGAUAACCGAGCAAGACUCGAACCAUAAUGGGUCGGGUCUAAUGGAGAGAUUGUCCGAGGCAUUGUACUACUAUGCUGCAUUGUUUGAUUGCUUAGAGAGUUCUUUACCUAGGGUAUCAAUCGAGAGAAGGAAAGUAGAGAAGAUGCUUCUAGGUGAAGAGAUCAAGAAUAUUAUCGCGUGUGAAGGAGGAGAAAGAAGGGAAAGACACGAGAAGCUCGAGAAAUGGAUCCAAAGGCUCGAUAUGGGUGGGUUUGGGUGCGUUCCGUUUAGCUAUAUGGGUAUGUUGCAGGCACGGCGUUUGUUGCAAGGGUGUAGUUGUGAUGGUUAUAGGAUUAAGGAAGAGAAUGGUUGUGUUGUUAUCUGUUGGCAAGAUCGUCCCCUAUUUUCGGUAUCAGCAUGGAGAUGUAGGAGAUGAAAAGUUGAUACAGAUUUGAUAUAAAUGUGUUUUUUUUCUGGGUUUAGUUUGUUUUUUUCAAUGUUUGUAUGAAAUAGUUUUUUUCUUUUGUUUUAGUAGCAGAAUGUAUACCAGUAUAUCAUAUGAGGAAGCAACCUCUUUUUAAUGGUAUCUUCGUUUUAUCUUCA